GCGCAUAUUUUUCCCCGUUUGGUAUUAGGGAACUAAAAAAGGAAAGAAUAUUAUUCAUCUUAAUAUUUAGGAAAGAUAAUCUUUGAAGAAUUUCUAGUUCAUUGUUACCUUCAUUUGAUUUAGUUGUUGCUUUUGGAUUGUUGGUAUUCCUUAUUGGCGCGCUGAGAGAAAAAGUUGAAAAGGCUGAAUAGAAACUCACAAUGAACCGUCUUUUCGGGAAAAAAAGCAAGGAACCAAAACCGACGCUAGAAGACGCGAGCUCGCGUAUUGGUGCCCGCUCCGAAGCUGUUGAUUCGCGCUUGGCAAAGCUCGAUGCGGAGCUCAUGAAGCUCAAACAGCAAAUCCAGCACUCCAGCGGCAUGACUCAGCAACGCUUAAAGCAACGUGCCGUUCAGAUUCUCCAACAAAAGCGUCAGUACCAAAGUCAACAAGACGGCAUUAUGAAACAACAGUUUAACAUCGAUCAACUGCAGUUCACCACCGAGACGAUGAAGGACACGAAAAUCCAGAUUGCCGCACUCAAGGAUGCUAACAAGACUCUCAAAAAGGAACUCAAAAAGAUUAACAUUGAUAAAGUUGAGAAUAUGCAAGAUGAUUUGGCGGACUUGUAUGUGGAAUCGCAGGAAAUUCAGGAAAUCAUGGGACGUGCGUACGAGGUACCGGAUGAAGUUGAUGAGGAUGAGAUGCUUGGUGAGCUAGAAGCUCUCGACUUCGACACCGUGAAGGAAAGUGAGGCCGACUACCUCUCCGAUGCGCUCGCCAUGCCGACACAAAAACUUCCAGAGAAGGUCCCGGCGACGGGAAACAACCCAGUUGACAAUGACAAACAGGAAACGAAAACGGAUCCAUACAGUCUUGAAGCUCAACUUGGAUUGUAGCAUCUAUAUAUAUAUCUAUAGAUUCACCUAUACAAUCAAAGGGAGUCUUGCGUUUAAAAUUAGUCGCUUUUACUUUGUUGCUAUUAUUUUUUUUGAUGCAUUUUUUAUCGUGGCAUUUCUUAUUUGCUUUCUUUCAAAUAAUGAGGUGAUCUGCUCUUAAUGGGACAUGGAUUGAGGAUAGUGAAAAAUACAUGAACAAGUGACCCUCGUUGCAGACGAAUUAUUUUUCCAUUUAAAGGGUUCUCGAUAUGAUUUCUGAUUUGAUGUACAUAUUUUUCCUAUUUAUAUAUAUAAAUAUAUAUAGUCCUACUGAUAUAGAAGGAAAAAACAAUGCACCCUAUCAAUAUACUCAACUGCAAGAAGUAUCAAUGAACCAUGCUUUCGACAGUUUUGUAAGCAAUGGUAUUCAUUUAUGAUUUAGAGCGACAUUCAUAUUAAAAAAA